AUGAAAAUACUUCUCAAAUUUCAUCUUUCCUAUAUAUUCUUUUUUGUGCAUUUCAUUGUAAUUAAUAUAAAAUGUAAAAAAAUAAAUAAUAAUUUGGUCGACGAUGAAAAAGAUGGUACACAUAAUCUGGAAGAGCAUAACUCCUUCCACAUUUUAAAGAAAAAAAACAGUAACAGUAUAGAGAAUCAUUCUGAUAAAAUUAAUAAACUAUUUAAAAAACAUUAUAGUUAUAGUUUAUUAGAUAAUUCUUUAUAUGAUAAUAAAUAUGAAUCAAAUAUUUAUCCUCAAAAAAAUAAUAAAAUAAAUGAAGAACAACAUAAGGAAAAACAUGGCACAAAUUUUGCUAUUAUAAAUGAACAUAUGAAUGAUAUGUUGAGACAAAAUGAAAAAAUAUCUAAAGCAUUGGAUACAAAGAAGGAUAUAAUAAAACAAGAACAUGACAAAAAUAAAAAUUUUAACAAUGAUUCUUUUUAUAUGAAUAAAGGAAAUGAAAAAAAAAAAAUUUUUUUACAUAAUACUUUUCCAGAAAAUAAUGAUAAUAAUAUAAAUAAAGUGAAUUCAAAAUUUAUUGAAGAAAAUGACCUGAACAGUUCAGGUAAGAAUUACUUUGAGAAUGACAAAUUUAUUAAAAUAGAAUAUCCAAUAAUAAAAAAUAAAGAUAUUGAUAUAUAUGAGGAAGGGAAAAAUGGAAAUAAUAUGGAAGAGGAUGAUAAAAAUAUAACAUAUCAUAGUAAUGGGAAUGAUAAUAAUAAAAGUUUAAAUUUUAUAAAAUAUAUGGAUAUGGAUCAAGAAAAAAAAAAAAACAAAAAAAGUUAUAGAAGAAAAAAAAAUGAAAAUUAUUACAAUAUAAAUGAUUCAGAUCUUAUUCACGUUUUAAAGGGAGAUUAUAGUCCAGAUUGUGACACAUGUAAUAAAAAUAUGAAUGAUAAUAUAAAUGAAGGAAGAGCAAUCAGAAGAAGAAGAAUAAAUGAUAGGGACUAUUAUAAAGAUUUUAGUUUAAGGGAUGCACUACCUAUAAAUAAAAGAUACUACAGUAUGUUAUUAAAAAAUGAUGAUGAUGAUGAUGAUAAUAAUAUUAUUAAAGAAAAAAGUGAAGAAAACUUAAAAGAAGUAUAUAAUGAUAAAAAGAAUAAUUAUUUGUCUCUUAAGUAUUUAGGCUUAGGAUAUGAUAUAAUUAUGGGCAAUCCUGAGGGUGAUCCUACAUUGAACGUGGAUCCUGGUUUUAGAGGACCUGUAUUAGAAAUAAAUUUAAAAGAGAUAAGUUUAAAUAAUUAUGAAGAUCAUAAAAAUGGUGAAGAUCAUACAAAUGGUGAUUAUCAUACAAAUGGUGAUUAUCUUAAAAAUGGUGAAGAUCUUAAAAAUGGUGAUUAUCCUAAUGAUGAUAAAAAUUCCAAACCAAAUAACAGUAAUGUUAAUAAAAACAAAUUGUCGAUGAAGCCAUGGGUUAUACCGGAACAUUCGUGUAGUCAAUCAAAAAAUGUUGAAGAGAUUAGAAAUUUGGAACAAUACAAAUUAGAAUUAUUAUCAGAUGUAAAGGUUAGUAGUCCUUCUAGUUUUCCAUAUUCUUUUUCUGCAUCUGCUGAAUUUAAGAAUGCUUUAAAAAAAUUAAAAGUACAAAACAAUGUAAUAUUUCUGAUGAAAAUAUAUUGUUUAAGAUAUUACACAGGUAUACCAAUAACAACAACAAGUUAUAAAUUUAGUGAUAAUUUUAAAAAUGCCUUAAAUAAAUUACCAAAACAUUUUGAUGGUUUAAAAGAAGAUAGUAAAUGUAGUUAUGAAUAUUAUAUUAAUAAAUUGAAUAGUUCAGAAUGUGAAGAGAAUGUAAAUAAGUGGAUGUUAUUUUUUAAAUUACAUGGAACACAUGUAGCAUAUGAAAUAUAUUUAGGUGGUAAGAUUAUAAUAAAAAUAAAUAUUAAUAAAGAAGAAUAUAAUAAAAUGAAAGAAAAUAAUAUAAAUGUAAAAACUUUUUUUAAUAUAUAUUUUCAUAAGAUGGGAUUAUCAAGUGGAUUUCAGAAGGAAGCUCAAAAGAUGUUAAAUAAAUUUAGACUAUCAAAACAUAUAGCUAUAUUAGGUGGGAAUCCUGGAUUAAAUGUAGAUAAUACAAGUUUUUUUGAAAAAUGGGUACAAUCAAUUAAUAAUAAUUCGAUGCCUAUAAGAACAAAAUUAUUACCAUUUAGUUUUUUUUUUAUGGAUGAUAAUGAAAUGAUACAAGCAUAUAAAGAUGCUUUAACAUUUUAUGGAUUAACAUAUGGAUUACAAUUAUUUGAUCAAGAAAAAUAUAAUCAUAAUAUUAUAUCAGUUGGAGAAUAUCUAGAAAAAUGUAUACAAAAAUUAUAUGCUGGUCCUCCCCCUGGUUUAUUAACAUGUCCUAUAGGAACAACAUUAUUAAUGGGAUUUUCAAUAAAUCUAAAUUUUUAUAAAAAUAAAGAUUUAAGUACUACUAAUGGUAUUACUCUUUGUGAACCCAUGAAGGAAUCAUGUAGUGGUAAUGGAUUUGAAAAAAAUUAUUCUGAUAUUCGCAUUUUUGCUUUAUGUACUAAUAAACCAUUCGAUUUUAUUACUCAAGUAAUACAACAAGGAGAAGCACCUAAAAUAUCAGCUACAUGUCCAGGUGAUUUAGUAAUACUUUUUGGAUUUGCAUUAAUGAAAGGAAUAGGAUCAUCAUCAGCUAAUAAAAUAGAUAUAUAUCCAUGUCGUACAGGUCAAAAUUCUUGUGAAGCUGUUUUACAAAAUAAUAAAUUUAAACAAAGUAUGAUAUAUCUUGCAUGUGUUGAUAAAACAACUAAUGGAUUAGAAUAUUUACAAACAUAUAGUAAAACAAAAAAUUUAGGUGAUGUCAUAUCUCAUAAAUAUAAAUCUGAUGGUUAUCUUAACUUUUCAUGUCCUCAAAAUAAUACUCUAGUAUUUGGAUUCUCUUUAGAAUUUCAUACAAACUUUCAAGCAACAAGAAAUAAUUUCUUAAAUUGUUCUAAAAAUACAAAUAUAUGUGAAAUAUCAGGUAUAGGAAUAAAUACACAUUUAUCUUUCUUCAGAUCAGAUAAGCAUUCCUUAGCAAUCAUAGCCUUGUGUCGAUAUCAUGCACCAAAUAAUUAG